AUGACUUCCCGAAUACCCCCCCGCGACGGCGACAGAAAAUCCUAUUGGCUAUUAACAGUCAAGAAGUGCUACGAAAACUUGAACGUCCCGCCGGUGCUCAACCAUCCUGUUAGAGCCAAAUCCAGCCGCCUCAUCCCGACGGCAAGCCGAACAAUCGCCACAGUACCACCAGGAAUCGAUCCCUAUCGCGCCCGAUCGCGAGCCCUCGGAUGGAGACGUAAAAUUUUAUUAUUCCCCGAAAGACCGGCGACGGUGAUUUUCGACGUCUCCAGCCUCGAAACCCGUUUGGGUCGAUACAAAUCGGACGGGAACCUAUACGCGCAUUCUCGGAAAGCGUCGCGGCCGCGCGGCGAGAAUAUAAACAGCCAU